AUGGCUAGAACAUACACCCUCUACAACUUGCGCAUCAUCCUGGUCCUGACCUUGGGCAGCCUGACCUUUGGGUAUGGCUUCUCCGUCAUCUCCAACACCAUAGGGCAACCGGGGUUCAUCCAGUACUUCAACCUCAAAGCCAACUCGGCCUACACCAACGCCAUCACCGGCACCAUCAAUGGGCUGUACUGUGCAGGAGCGCUGUUCGGGGCGCUCCAUGUGGGCUGGAUGUGCGAGGCCCGUGGCCGGAAAGAGACCAUGUAUUUGGCGUCGGCCGUCAACGUCGUGGGCGGCGCUCUCGAGACGGGCUCGGUCGAUAUGGCCAUGUUCCUCGUUUCGCGCUUCAUUUCAGGCUGGGGGAUUGGCAUGAUGGUGGUCCUGAUCCCCAUUUACCAAGCUGAGAUCUCCCCUCCCAAUGCUCGAGGCUUUCUUGUCGGGCAGCAUGGGACGUGGAUUGUCUUGGGAUACGCUAUUGCCGGCUGGGUGGGCGCGGGGACGUAUUACUCGUCGAACCUGUCCUUCCAGUGGCGGUUCCCGAUUGCCUUGUCGAUCAUUCCGCCCCUUGCAUUGGCCAUGUGUGCUCCCUGGAUCCCCGAAUCCCCUCGUUGGCUGCUCACCAGAGACCGACGCGAGGAGGCCUGGAAUAUCGUCAAGCGCCUCCACGGUGGCGCAGCGGAGGACGAAGCAGGCCUCCAGUAUGCGCGAGAAGAAUUCUACCAAAUGACUGAGCAGGUCCGAGUAGAUGCGGCCGCAUGGAAGCAGGUGGGAUGGCGCGGUAUGUUCACCAGCAAGAGGUACCGGAAGCGCUUCUGGAUGGGCUUCUUCAUCCAGUAUGCGGCGCAAUCGACGGGUGCUCAGGUGAUCUACGUGUACAUCGUAUCCUUGUACCAAAAUCUUGGACUUACCGGGGGGGUUCCCUUGAUCUUGGGAGCAGCGUAUGUCACCGUCGCAACCAUUUCCAACUUCGUCGGGGCGCUGCUCCUGGACAAAGUAGGACGAAAACCACUUCUGCUGGCCGGGCUUACCGGGUGCAUGCUCUCGGUGUGCCUCGAAACCGCCAUGAUAGCCGAGUUCGCUGGUACCACCAACAAGGCCGGACUGUCGAUGGGGGUGUUCUUCUCCUUCUGUUUUAUCAGCUUCUACGGCGGCGGCAUCGACGUGGUUGGCUAUGUCUAUUGCUCCGAGAUCUUCCCGACCACAAUCCGAUCUCAGGGUGUGGCGUGGUCUCUGGCGGGCACGUUUCUCUCGACGUUGGUGUACGUCGAGGCUGCACCGACCGCCUUGGCAAAUAUCAAGUGGAAGUACUACAUCGUCUUCAUCUGCCUGACCUUUGUCAAUAUCUGGAUCUUUUACUUUUGGUGUCCCGAGACUCGAGGCAAGUCGCUGGAAGAGAUUAACGCCCUGUUCGGCGACGAAGUCGUGGUGCAUUUUGCGGAUGCGACCGAGAAACAACGUCACGAGCUAACCGCCAAGGUCCUGGCCCAAGAUGAAAAACACGAGUUCGCCUCGGGUGGGGGGCAAGGCGGCGUUGAGGGGGUGAGUACAAUGACGGCGUUGAAAGUCUAA